AAUGAACUCAUGUCACUUCCUUUUCUCUCCGCCGCCUCUCCGAUCUCAUUUCGCAAUAGAGAGAAACACACACAACAGCUCUCGGCUUUUCAAUCCAUACAAGCAAUCCAUCUCUAUACAAAAUGGGUCGCUACGAUAGAAACCAUCUGCUGGUGAAGAAAGGGGGCGGCGGCGGCACGUGGUUGGUUGACGGCGACGAAGAUGAGGAAUCUCGUAGCAAGAGAGCAAAACCCAAUCUUUUGAUUAUCCUCUUUCUCUCCCUCUUUUCUUGCAUAAUUAUUUUCAAUGUCUUGCAUUCAUUUGGAUUUAAAGGUGAAGGACAUCCUUCUGUUUGCUCCUCAAUCUCCAAUGGAACUAUUUGCUGUGAUAGAAGCGGCUCCAGGUCUGAUGUGUGUGUCAUGAAAGGGGAUGUAAGAACACACCCUUCUUCAUCUUCAGUUGUGCUCCUCAGAAACUAUGAUCCCAAAACUCAGGUUAUCCCACUCGAAAAGAUCAAGCCUUAUACUAGAAAAUGGGAAACAAGUAUCAUGGACACCAUUGAUGAACUACAUCUCGUCGUGAAGAAAAAGGGUGACGCCACCCGCCAUCAAUGUGAUGUCCAGCACAAUGCCCCGGCUGUCGUAUUCUCGACCGGAGGCUACACCGGGAAUGCAUACCAUGAAUUCAAUGAUGGGAUUUUGCCCUUAUACAUCACUUCUCAACAUUUCAACCGUAAGGUCGUUUUUGUCAUUCUUGAAUAUCACAACUGGUGGAUUUCCAAGUACAAUGACAUUCUUCCCCAUCUCUCCGACUACCCUCCUGUGGAUUUUCGAGAUAACCGGAUCCACUGUUUCCCUGAAGCAAUAGUUGGGUUAAGAAUCCAUGAUGAGCUCACCAUUGAUCCUUUGUUGAUGAAAGCUAACAAGAGCAUGAGUGAUUUUAGGGAGCUUCUUGACCAAGCUUAUUUGCCAAGAAUCCGUGGUCUUAUUCAAGAAGAAAUGGAAAAUCAUUCUCCCUCAGCAAAGGAGGAAAAAAACUUUGACGUACCAAAACUUGUUAUAAUGGCCAGGAACGGGUCCAGAGAAAUACUUAAUGAAGACUCAUUGGUGAGAUUGGCUGAGGAAAUCGGUUUCCAAGUGGAAAUUUUGAUACCUAAUAAGACCUUAGAGCUAGCGAGGAUUUAUAGAGUUCUUAAUUCAAGUGACGUUAUGGUUGGAGUCCAUGGUGCUGCGAUGACUCAUUUCCUCUUCAUGAGGCCUGCAAGGGGAUCAGUCUUUAUCCAAAUUAUUCCAUUGGGAACAGAUUGGGCAGCAGAAACUUACUUUGGUGCACCAGUAAAGAAGAUGGGAUUGAGCUACAUUGGCUACAAAAUCCUACCAGAUGAAAGCACUUUGUAUGAUGAAUAUGACAAGAAAGACCCUGUACUUACGGAUUCAAAUAGCGUGAAUGUGAAAGGAUGGCAAUUUACCAAAGAGGUGUACCUUGAUCGCCAAAAUGUCAGGUUGAACCUGAGAAGGUUUCAGAAGAGUCUUCUCCGUGCCUAUUAUUACACUAUUGCUGUGAAAAAUAGACGAUCCAGAAAGGGAAGUCGGUAACAUUUUGGGGUAUAAUUUUGGCAUACGUUCAUAUCAACUCUUAUAUUGUUCCUAACUUUGCUGUAAAUAUUUUGUGAUCAUCGUUGAUGUGCUAUUUUUGUGUACAUCAUCCAUUAUAGAGCCAAAAAUCCAUAAACUCUCAUUAAGGCGAAUACCACUCUCACGUUCUGAAUCUGUUUACCGAGCACCAUUUAUUUGCUAAUUGCUUGCCUCUUCGGUACAUGUUGAUAGAAGUAGCAAUCUGUCCACCCGCUUUACAAACCAUAUUGUACAUCCAAUAGUAUUUUUCUAAUUUUUG